GCGUGCGCGUAGGCGGGGCCCGGCUCGCGAGGUGGCGGGGUCGCUUGCGGUGCGGGGCGGUGCUGUCGCCUGCCGCGGCGCAGGAGCCAGGACUCCGCAGUACGCCGCCUUGGGGCCCUGGGCGCCGAGUGGGGUGAGCGCGCGGUGGGAGAGGAGUCGGGGGGAUUGGGCGAGGCAGUCCCGGUCCCCAGCCACGGGUCGCCCUCCACCCGGCUGCGCAGGGCCUCCCGGACGUCGGGCGUCCCUGCCGUCCCUCUUCAUUCAUUCAGCCUGCGUCGCCGACCCGCCCGGACCUCAUCCGGGCAGAGACCCUGCGCCCUGCGGCUGGCGCAGGGACCUGCUCCCGCUGCUGGGCAGGGAAUGUGAAGAGACAGAGCACCCAUCAUUCUGGAGGCAGAAGUCGGGAUUCCUCUGCUUUACCCCUGCACAGCCCCAGGCACAUCCAUUCCAGCAGCUGCGACACCAUCCUGGGCAGACUAAGAAAUGAGAAAAAUACCCAGCCAUGGGUCCCUGCGGAUGACAAGGGUGGCGUACCUUCUGGGGCUGUGCGUGGGCCUGUUCAUCUACGUCGCCUACAUCAAGUGGCACCAGGCAUCUGCUCCGCAGGUGCUCUCCUCCAUCCCCGGGGCAGCCCACAUCCCUGUGGGGUCGGCUGCCCAUGCUCACGAGGUCUUCUAUGGAAUCAUGUUUGAUGCUGGGAGCACCGGCACCCGUGUGCAUGUCUUCCAGUUUGCCCGGCCACCUGGAGAGACACCCACCUUGACCCAUGAGACCUUUAAAGCACUGAAGCCAGGGCUUUCUGCUUAUGCCGAUGAUGUCGAGAAGAGCGCUCAAGGGAUCCAGGAGCUGCUGGAUGUUGCUAAGCAGGACAUUCCAUUUGACUUCUGGAAGGCCACUCCGCUGGUCCUCAAGGCCACAGCUGGCUUGCGCCUGUUACCAGGAGAGAAGGCUCAGCGGCUGCUGCAGAAGGUGAAAGAGGUGUUUAAGGCAUCGCCUUUCCUAGUAGGAGAAGACUGUGUGUCCAUCAUGAACGGAACCGACGAAGGUGUCUCUGCGUGGAUCACCAUCAACUUCCUAACAGGCAGUUUGCGGGCCCCAGGCAGGAGCAGCGUGGGCAUGCUGGAUCUGGGUGGUGGCUCCACACAGAUCACCUUCCUUCCAAGGGCCAAGGGCACUCUGGAGGCCUCCCCCCCUGGCCACUUGACAUCACUGCAGAUGUUUAACAGGACCUACAGGCUAUAUUCCCACAGCUACCUGGGGCUGGGACUGAUGUCGGCACGACUGGCGAUCCUGGGUGGUGUGGAGGGGAGACCCGCCAAAGACGGGAAGGAACUGGUCAGCCCUUGUCUAUCUCCCGGGUUCAGAGGCGAGUGGGAGCACGCAGAGAUAACGUACAGGAUUUCCGGGCCAAAGGCAGGGCGCCUCCACGAGCCAUGUGCUAGCAGGGUAUCUGAGGUCCUCCAAAGCAAGGUGCACAGGGCAGAAGAGGCGGGACACGUGGACUUCUACGCCUUCUCCUACUACUACGACCUGGCAGCCAGCGUGGGUCUCAUUGAUGCAGAGAAGGGAGGCAGUGUCUCAGUGGAGGACUUUGAGAUCGCAGCUAAGUACGCUGCAGCGGGCAGCAGGACUGCCUGCCUUAAGCUCUGUCAGCCUCCGAGAUAUCCCAGUUGUCCAUUCAUGGCUUCGCCCUGCUACCACAGUGCUGGCUCUGGUGGAGAAGUGUGCCGGACGCUGGGUGCCCAGCCACACCACAGCCCCUUCCUCUGCAUGGACCUCACAUAUGUCAGCCUGCUGCUGCGAGAGUUUGGCUUCCCUGGAGACAAAGUGCUGAAGCUGACUCGGAAAAUUGACAACGUGGAGACCAGCUGGGCCCUGGGGGCCAUUUUCCACUACAUCGACGCCCUGAACAGACAGAAGAGUGCAGCCUGAUAGCAGCCGGCCUGGUCUCCCCACAGACCCCGUGGUCCAGACCUGACCCCAGCCCACAGGAGCCUUUGCCAAGGCCCUCUGCAGAUCUGCUGCAGAGCAGAAGUUGGGCUGUUGGCACUGCCUCGGAUGGUGGCCUGGGCCAUGGCUGCAGGUGGACAUGAGCCAUGUGUGGCUGAGGGUGCGUUCCUGUCCCCCAGCUGAGGGGCUCUGGGGCUGUGUGUGUCCCUGUGUGUGAAUCUUAUCCCCUACUCCUGUCGACCCUUCCAAGGGCUCCCUGCUACCCUAGGGAACAGAGCAGGACCCAUAGAAUUCUGAUGGUAUCUCCGGGGAGACUCUUCCCUCUGCCACAAAUGCAAAGCCCCCCAGAGAUGUGGGGGACCCCUUUCCAUGGACCUGCACUUGCUGCAGAGUCCCCAGAGAGUAGAGCAGGGCAAGACUCACUGGCAUAACAGGGCCAGCCAGUUGGCCCGAGUCCCAGGCACUGUGAGUUACAUCAAGCCCCUUUGUGACACCCACAUUGCAUCUCCACAAAUGCACUGCACCGAGAGCCAUGUGGGACAGCCUCUCGGGUCCCUCAGUGAAUGUACUACUCUGUGCUCUGCCAUGAAUAAAGGUUUGGGGUUCUGCCCUGA